CCCGGGGAGAAGGGCUGGGCGGCCGCCGCCGGGUGCUGAUAAAGCGGCCCGCGAGGGCUCCGGGCUGCUGCUGCUGCUGCUCCUUCCCGCUGCUCCCGGGCCGGCCAUGGCGAUCUGCGUGCUGGUCUGGGCGUCCGUGGUGGGCUUCCUGCUCUUCCUGCUCGUCCGAUUCGCGCGGUACUCCGACGGCGACUUCACCCUGCAGUGGCUGGAAUGGCGCGGCAAGAAGCCCGAAGAGGAACUUUUCGGGAAAGUGGUCUGGAUAACGGGAGCCUCCAGCGGGAUUGGCGAGGAGAUGGCCUACCAGCUAGCGAAGAUCGGCUCACGACUCGCACUCUCGGCCAGACGGGAGAAUGAACUGGAGAGGGUGAAAAAGAAGUGCCUGGAAAUCAGUCAACUAAGUGACAAAGACAUCCUUAUUGUGCCGCUUAAUCUGACCCACAGGAGUACCCAUGAAUCUGCUACAAGCACUGUCCUUAAGUAUUUUGGAAGGAUUGACGUCCUGGUGAACAACGGUGGCCGAGGCCAGUUUUCGCUGUUUGUGGACACCAGCGUCGACGUCUACAACGCCAUAAUGAAGAUCAACUACCUAGGCACCAUCUCCUUAACAAAGCCUGUCCUGAAUCACAUGAUUGAGAGGAAGCAAGGGAAGGUGGUCACCAUAAGCAGUGCCCUGGGGAUCAUGGGAGCUCCCUUGGUCACUGGCUAUUGUGCCAGCAAACAUGCCCUCAUGGGUUUCUUCAACUCUCUCCGGCCUGAACUUACUAAGUAUCCCGAAAUAAGUGUGAUCAACAUUUGCCCAGGGCCUGUGCAGUCACAGAUCGUACAGAAUGCGUUUACUGAAGACCUUUCAAAGAAGCACAUCACUUUCGGAGAUCAGUUUCGUAAAAUGACAACCGAACGCUGUGUCCGACUGACACUGGUGAGCCUGGUCAACAACCUGAAAGAAGCCUGGAUUAGUGACCAACCGUACCUGGCAGCCUAUUACCUCUGGCAGUACACACCCACCUGGGCCUGGUGGCUGUUGAACCUCUUGGGACCAAAGCAAAUCCAGAAUUUCAAGAGUGGAGUGGAUGCAAAUGCUUCUUUCUUCUAAAAGACUUCCUGAGGAGGCAUGCUCUUCCUCCUUUGCGCCAGUACCAGCAUCAGACAGAGAAGUGACCAUCUUCCUCUGCUUCAAGUUUUGUUUUGUUUUUUGUUUAAAUGUGUAACUUUACUUCUGGCUGCUAUAUAAUCUGACACAUAUCACGCUGGUUUUAAUGUAUACCUUUGAAUAAGUUUCUGUAUAGGAUGCUGUUUGAUAUGGUCAAACCGAUAGCCAAAAAUUGUUCUUUUAUUUUUAUAUAUAUAAACACACACACACACACACACACAC